AUGGACUACGCGGAGAAUGCGAGACUCUAUCCCGGAGAGGCACUAGAAAUCGUCGAAGGGUUUCCGACAAUAAAGCACUACCAGCCUGCAACUACCAACAGCAUUGACAGCAAGCCGCUUAUCGUUUGCAUACCCGGCGCAGCGCACCUGGCUCGCAUAUUUUAUGGAGGGCACCAUGAAAGCCUUUCCGAUGACUUCAUAGCCUACUGGCUCAGUCAACUGGGCUAUGGGGUCUUGUCAGUGUCCUACCCGCUGGAGAUGAAUUCCUCAUUGAUGCCAUCGACUGGGCAUAGCUUCAGGAUACGAGACUGGGGGCGACAAGCAGCAGUCUGUGCCCAGAAGACGAUAGUUGAGAACUUUCUUCCAUCGCGCUCAAUUAUCCUGCUUUCAUGGAGUAUGGGUGGUCGGAUGGUGGUUCAGUUCAAUAUUGCAUGCAAAGAACUCGGCCUCCAUGUUGAGCAAUAUAUCAGUCUCGCAGCUACGCCAGGCAUUUCAAAUAUCCGGCCGCCCCAGUCGGACAUGGAGUGCACUCCUUCCGGUUACGUCAGCAUAUCUUCACGGAUUGGUGCGUUCUGCAAGCAGCUAAACACGGUGGACUUGGCAAAUGGAGGGAGGGAAAUCAUUCCCCAGGGCAUUUAUUUAAAGGAAUAUGUCGGAGGUACACCGAUCAACCUUAUUGGGGCUAGGCUCAAAUUUGAUGGCAAGAGCGCGUUUAUCCCGGAUGAAUUGGCACAUGAGGACGAUUCCCGAGUCUUUGAUAUUGUUAAUACGCCAUUCAUAUCCGCGCUUUACCCGACGAGUGUCCAGGAUGCUGGACACGCUCUUACGGACAAGAGUACAUGGGGAUUUUUGAUGACCUACAAACUAGAAUCCAUGGUGCCAAAGCAAGCCCUCAGAGAUCUGGAAGGGACGCAGGCAUGGGAGAAAAUCUCGAAACUGAUCCACGAAGCACCAUCCAGAAUGUCCCAUGCCGUCCCAGGGAAUCAUUUCUUCUUCGUCGGCAAACAAGGGGCCGAAGAAACGGCGCAGAAAGUUGUUUCAUUGUUACAUGAGAGAAUCGCUUUGGAAUCAGAGCUAGCUUCACUGUUGGACUCAGGAAAAGCAGUCCGCUGA